UUGUCAGAUUGUGUGCAAUCUGCUUCUUUUACAGAAAAGAAAAUGUACAAUAUGUUUUGUGCUCAACAGAAAUAUUUACAAACACGUCUGGGGGGGGGGGGGGGGUGUCCAAGAUAAAUGGCUCGUUGAUGAUUGACUCGUUAAAACGGCACCUUAAUAAAGUUUUGAUAUUUGCAAGUAAUAUGCAUGUGUUUGUGUAUAUAUCACUGUGUACGAAUGGAAGUGUACAUUAAUUUGAGUAAAUGACUAGCUGCGAUUUUCUGUACCGCUAGCUGCAUUAUUAACUACGACCUAUGCAGUUCAUGUUUCCACAAUUACUCCGUAAGCCACGCCCCCUUAGUUGCUGUUACUACGUCCCACAAGCUAACAUCCAAAAUGGCGGAAUCGGUAGCAGACUGUGUAGCUGAUCUAAAAAGUAUUCCAGAUGAUGUGUCUGUUUUAUAUCUUCCUGAGAGUUCGGGCCUUUCCAGAAAAGCACAAGAGAAAGGUUUAAAUUAUUUUACGCAAGGCUACAUCCACCAUAUAAAAAUUUCCGAUGAAAAUCAACCGAAAGUGAAUGGUGUUCCAUGAGGAAAAACGACUCGGCACACAAACUCCAUAUUCAAGUUUGCUUGGAGACGAAACAGCUAUCAGAGACUAACUGCUCCUGUAAAGCUGGGUGAGUAUAUUUUGGUAUUAAACUAAUAUUGCAGCAUGGUUUAUUUUAGUGCAAAGCAAAAAUAAAAGUAACAAACCGGAAUUUAACAAAUGACACACAUGUGUCUUAAAGCUACAUUGUCAAAACUUUGUAAUAAUAUUUGAACAUUUACAGUAGAUCGGCCAACUGUUUAGUUUGAAUUCACCUCACAACCAAUUUCGGUCAUAUGCAUCACACACACACACACACACGGUCUGUUCAUGGGCUGUGUGUGGACAUGUAUAUUAUUCAUAUUUAUUUGAAAACAACAGGUGUUCAUGAAUAUAAACGACUUUCUUUUUGUACUUCCAGGCUAAGUGGCCACUGCUCACACAUUAUUGGGCUCUUAAAAACCGUACAAGGAUUCAUGCUGCACAAUUUAACAUCAGUCCCAGAACAGCAGAGUUGUACGAGCAUUCCAAGACAGUGGGGCCAUCCAAGAGGGAUGAAAAUAAAGCCAAUACCAAUGAGCCAUGUUGUGGUGGAAAGACCCACAGCAGAAGUCAGAAAACGAAAGCCUGUAUUAUGUCAGUUGGAUACACAGAAGAAACUUCCUCUUGUUGAGUCUUCUGAUGUUAAAAAACUGAGACAACUCGAUGGAACGCCACUGGGAUAUAUUUUAUCAGAAGAUGGACCUACAGUGGAUACACCUUUUGGGAAAGUAUCUGUUGGCUCACUGUUAUCAUAUCAGACAAGAAACUUAAAAAAUAUAGAAGUUUCUGUAGGAACUGGAUGCGGCAAUACACUAUUUCCAAAAACAGCACCUGUAAAGUUAACAGAUGAAUAUCUUUGCUUAAAUAAAGACUUUGCCCUGGUUGAUGCAGAAAAACUGGAAAGCCAGACACAGGGACAGGCAAGCUGCCAGUUAUGGAAAAUAUCAAGGGCCAAACGAAUAACAGCGUCAAAUUUUGGGAAAAUUUUACAACUCAAGUCUGUGCCAUCUUCAAAAUUCUUGGUGAAUAUAUUUAACACCAAAGAAAUAUCAGCUGCUCCUUUGGAAUAUGGCAGAAGAAAUGAACCAAAAGCAAAAGCCAAGUAUCUUGAACUAUAUCAUACAAGACACAUACAUGAAUGUGGACUGGUGGUAAAUAAAGAAUUUUAGUUUUUAGGUGCCAGCCCACAUGGUAAAGUAUGUGAUAACAAUGAUUGUGGCAUAAUUGAGGUCAAGUGACCAUAUACUGCAAGAGACCAUACAAUUAAUCAAGCAGUUGAUGAACUUAAAAUUUUUAUUUUGAAAAGAGAAUUGCAAUUCAAUUAUUUUGCCUCAGAAUCAUCAAUACUAUGACCAGGUUCAAGGACAGCUGAUGGUAACUGGCUCAAAGUUUUGUGACUUUGUAGUUCAUACCAAUAAAGACUUGCAUGUUCAGCGGAUUUAUCCGAAUAUUGACCAUAUGCAAAACAUGUUGCAAAAAUUAUCUUUGUUUUACAUGAAAUAUGCAAAACCCCAUCUAACCGAAAUGGAAAAAAACAAGUAGGUCAGGUGUAUAUUGAAUAUACAGGUGUAUAUAUGUUGUGGGUUAGAUUUCAUUUUUGUGUAA